ACAUUGCAUUCGGUGCAGUUUGGUAUUGCAAUCACAAUUUUUACAGUUAUUUCAGGCGGUUUUUACCAUGGAUACCGAUCUAUCAGACGUUCAAUCGGAAGCUCCGGAGACGACAGACGCCGAAGAAGAGCUGUCCCAAGAAUCACAAGCACCGAGUCAGGAGAGCACUGACACCGGUCUUCCGGACGACCCCUACCAGAGCCAGGAAUUUCUGCAGAAGAAGCUCUACUUCUUGCUGGAACAGCUGAAGAAAAUGCACAACACAUUGCCGGAACAAUACCAGUUACGAAUAUCUUACGAGUUGUUGGCCGGGUUGGCUAACUCACUACUUAACGAUACCAUAUUCGAAAUAGUAAAAGGUUUGAUGGAGAUUCAACAUGUAACCGAAAAGCAUUUGAUGCAAGUUCGAGAAAAGGUGGAAAACGACCAUCAAUUGGAAGUUCAGCAGUGGGAAUCGAAAAUUCAAGACCCCGAGGAGCUAUCACACAUAAUCGCCCUGAUGAAAAUAAAGCAUACCAAAAACCUCAAAGAAACCGACAUGAAGCUGGUGUUGCAUCUGGACCAGAAGGUGAAAGACCAACAAUCCACCCUGGAGAAAGCCGGUGUUCCGGGAUUUUACGUAACGGACAAUCCAAAGGAGAUCAAGAUUCAAAUGUACUUGCUAGAUUUCAUCCUGCGGCUGGGGCGGUUGAAGUUUGAGCCAAACAAAUAGCAGCAGCUGGAUGGAUUCGAGUGAGUGAGAUGGCUUGGGAAUGAGAUGCCUUUUCCCUAUGACUGACGUUUUAUCUGAAAAUAUUUGAAACGAAUAUACCUAAACAGAUUGAAAAUGCGUAUAAGGUUGUCGAAAAUCUAUAAGGACCGUUACUACGAGUAUUUGUUCAUUCUCAAUCUAGUAAGUAGUAGGUUAUUUACAAGAUAACAAAUAACUAAAAAAAAUGUGAGGAAAAUUUAAAGUUUGAAAUAUAUGUUCUAAUGAUAAAUAACGUAAGUUUUCCCCAGAUUUGUUUUUUAACUCUUAAUUCAAAAGCAGAAAGAACUAAAACAUAAAUUUUCGAAAGGUUUUUUAUUUUAAUCCUAAGACCGACAUAUUUUAGUGGAGAAAAAAAACUUCCAGGCUUAAUUUUGAAUAAAAUGUUUUAAACAA